AUGCACGACAGCAGGACGGUGGCAGCGACGGGAAGCGACUCGGGCUCCCUAAGGAGUGAAAUAGAUCACUCCCCCCACCCUUCCCCUGCCACGGGAGACAGGGAAAACCCAAGCCGGCAGGGAAUCAGAGAGCCAGAAGCCAAGGCAGGCUCAGUUCCCUCCAUCGACACCCUGAGGCGGCCAACUGCAAACCCCCUGCGUUCUCCCCGGAGCUGGAAAGUGUGCGGCGAGCGCAGCGACCUCCAGCGCCACAGCAGCUUCUGCAGAGCGGCUGGGGCCAGGAGCAAGUCUGGUGCCGAGGGCUGA